AUUAAGUUGGAGCGUAUAAAACACACACCUCGAAACAACUCGGACUACUUUCCAGGGAGUUUCAGCACAGUUGGGCUCUUGUUCAACAUGGCUUCUCUAAUAUCUCUUCUUUCUGAGCCUACCCUUAUUGGUCUGCUAUGUGCUCUGUUUUUAUUAUUCAUACUGCAUGUUUCAAUGGGCCCUAAAAAGUCAGCUUUAAAUUUACCUCCUGGUCCAUCUCCUCUUCCAAUCAUUGGUAACCUGCAUUUACUGGACAUUAGAAGGCAAGAUUUGUCGCUAAUGAAGAUUGCAGAAAAAUAUGGCCCAGUGUUCACCGUCCAUUUUGGUCUCCAGAAGGCUGUGGUGCUGACUGGCUAUGAGGUGGUAAAAGAGGCUCUUCUGAAUACGGCUGACGUAUUUGCAGACAGACCUGCUAUCCCGAUAUUCUAUCAUAUCCAGAAUGGAAAUGGGGUGUUCUUUUCUUCUGGAGAGCUCUGGAAGACGACUCGUAGGUUCACCAUGGCCACUAUGCGGGACCUGGGGAUGGGGAAAAAACUGAUAGAAGGAAGAAUUCUGGAAGAGCUUCAUUUCCUCAUUGAGAUGAUCAAAUCCUUCAACAGUGAACCUUUCAAGUUAAGGUCAUUUAAUACUGCUCCCACCAACAUCACCUUUGCUAUGCUGUUUGGGAACAGAUUCGAUUAUAAAGACCCGGUAUUUGUCAACCUGUUAAAACUCAUAGAUGAAGUUAUGAUUCUUCUUGGAUCUCCAUACUUGCAUUUAUUUAAUUUCUACCCAUUCCUUGGAUUUCUUUUCAAACCUCACAAGAUGAUCUUAAGAAAAGUAGAAGAGGUAUGCAUGGUCUUGAGGAAAUACAUCAAGACAAGCAGGAAAGACGUUGAUGAAAAUAACUUAAGGAGCUACAUUGACGCAUUAUUAUUCAAACAGCAAGAGGAGAAGAACAAAAGCAAUUCUCUUUUUCAUGAUGCCAAUGUCCUGGCAUCCACCCUCGACCUGGUGAUGGCUGGAACAGAGACCACUUCAACAACGCUGCAAUGGGCCAUCUUGCUGAUGAUGAAAUACCCAGAGAUUCAAGGAAAGGUGUAUGCCGAGAUUGACAGAGUUAUUGAACCGGGAUGCUUACCCACCUUUGAGGCCCGGAAGAACAUGCCGUUCACAAAUGCUGUGAUACACGAAGUGCAAAGAUUUGUUACUCUCCUACCACACGUUCCACGGUGCACGUCUGUUAACACCAACUUUAAAGGCUACUUCAUUCCCAAGGGUACAACUGUGAUCCCUUUGCUCACCUCUGUGCUGCUGGAUAAAACUCAGUGGGAAACACCGUAUCAGUUUAACCCCAAUCACUUCCUGGAUGCUGAUGGACAGUUUGUUAAGAAAGAUGCUUUCCUGCCCUUCUCCACAGGACGUAGGAACUGCAUCGGGGAAAGUCUGGCCAAGAUGGAGCUCUUCCUGUUCUUCACAGGCUUGCUCCAGAAAUUUAGAUUUCACCCCCCAGCUGGGGUCACUGAAUCUGAUCUGGACACUGUCGCAGAGGCUGGAUUCACCAUGCGACCCCGUCCACAGUCAGCUUGUGCUGUUCUGCGACAAUAAACAGAAGAUGCUU